AAGGCGUAUACAAUUAACAAUCAAGAUGAUAACAAGAUCAAUUAGAGUAAAUAGAACGAUAAAUAGAUCAAUAACGACUUCCUCUGUCAAUAGUAUCAGAUUAGAUAAUAGUACUAUAAAUUCUAAAGUAAUAAACGCUCAAUAUGCAGUACGAGGUGAAAUACCUGUUAAAGCAGAUAUUUAUGGACAACAAAUUAGAGAUGGGAAUGGUGACAAACUGCCCUUUAAGGCUAUAAUGCCUUGUAAUAUUGGUAACCCACAACAACAAGGUUUGAAUCAAAAGCCAUUAACUUUCUGGAGACAGGUCGCUGCACUCACCGAAUGUCCGGAACUGAUAGAUAAUACUCAACUUUUCCCAAAGGAUGUCAGGGAUCGUGCACGUGAAUUACUCAAUGAAAUUGGCUCUGUUGGUGCUUACUCUCAUAGUAAAGGUGUACCUUUCAUCAGAGAACAAGUUGCAAAAUUCCUUGAAGCACGAGAUGGUUACCCUUCAGAUCCAGAGAAUAUAUUUUUAACAGCAGGUGCAUCCGGAGGUGUCAGCUUGUUAUUCCAUUUACUUCUCUCUGGUGAUCCUGAUGGCGUCAUGAUUCCAAUUCCUCAAUACCCUCUUUACUCCGCCAGCUUAGCAUUAGCUGGUUCACGCACGAUUCAGUAUCACCUUGAUGAAAACCGUGGAUGGGAACUGAAUAUGAAUUUACUUGAGAAGUCAUUCAACGAUGCACAAUCGCAAGGUACAGAGGUGAAGGCACUCGUUAUUAUCAAUCCAGGUAACCCAACUGGUGCCAUUUUAAGUGAAGAAAAUAUGAGAGAUAUUGCAAGAUUUGCACAAAAGCAUGAAUUAGUUUUACUUGCAGAUGAAGUUUAUCAAUCGAAUAUUUACGACAAAAACAAACCAUUUGUUUCAUUUAAGAAAGUCAUUAAAGAUUUAAAGCUUGACGAUCUACAACUCGCUUCUUUCCACAGUAUAAGUAAAGGUUUCAGUGGAGAAUGUGGUAGAAGGGGUGGAUUCGUUGAAUAUGUCAACUUUUCAGAGGAUUUCCUAACUGAAGCAACAAAGUUGGCAUCUAUUUCACUCUGUCCACCUUUACAAGGUCAAAUUGCGGUCGAUCUGAUGAUAAGACCACCUAAAGAAGGCGAAGAAAGUUAUGAGCAGUAUAGAAAAGAAAAGGAUGAAGUACUUGCUAGCUAUGCUAGUAGGUCAAAGCUGUUAGCUGAAAGGUUUAACCAAAUGGAAGGCGUUUCAUGUAACAAUUCUGAAGGAGCAAUGUAUGCAUUCCCACAAAUAAGGUUACCACAAAAAGCGAUCGACGCUGCUAAAAAGCAGGGUAAAUCCCCAGAUAGUUUCUAUUGUUUAGAAUUAUUGGAUAACACUGGUAUUUGUGUAGUACCAGGUAGCGGAUUUGGUCAAGCCCCUGAUACGCUUCACUUUAGAACGACGUGUUUAGUUCCAGGUACAGAAGAUUACAUAAACACGAUAGAGAAAUUUCAUAAAGAAUUUAUGAAUAAAUACAGAGAUUAAGUAAAUUUGUAGACAAAAUGUGAUUAUAAGAUUUGCAUCA